AUGGCCUCUCUGGCGCGUCAGUUGCUCCUGCCUUCUUCCUUAGGCUUGGGGCCGGCCUCGAAGCUCGCAUGUGGUGCAGGGCUGUCGGCAUCUGCUUCGCGUCGAUUCUUCUCGUCGGCGCUCUCCUCUGCGGCGUUCUCUUCGCAGCGAACCGGCUCUUCUUCUCUGGGAUUCAGCGCAGCCUUGGCUCAGCAGAAGCGCAACAUGAGCGGCGCUCACGAUGAGUUCCCUCCGGAGCUUACUCGCGGCGUGAAGGACACCCUGAACAUCCCCGUCGGAGGUGAAGGCCUCUAUGCACGUGCCAGUGGCCUCGGUAGCCCCAUGCUCUUCGUGAUGCAGUGGGAUCGCCCGACCUGGCAGCCCGUCUGGGAAGACGAACACCAAGUCAUCCCCAGGGACGGUUUCGGUGUGCCGGCUCAGAUUCCGCCCGAGGUCUCGCAGCACUUCAAGCACGUCUACUACGUGCCUCCUCAGUUCUUUCCCUUCCUCAAGAAGCUCGCCGACGACACCCCUGCGCUGCAGCCCUUUAUGUACAAGCUCAUCAAAGGCGACUUCACCUACGACGACUACGAAGAGAUGUUCUACAAGUUUGCAAAGCCGCUGAAGAUCUACCGCAACCAAAUCCCGAUGCCGUACCGUACCCCAGAGGAAAUGGCUCGCGAGGCAGAAGUUGCGUGGGAAGGCGCGUGGCUCUCUUACAGACAGAAAGUCCUGGCAUCUUACAACACGGCCAUGUACUUCCGUGAGUAUCUGUACGGGGCCUUGAUCGGCAUCUACUUCGCCUGGCUUUUCCUGGACCAGCACCGUCAGUACCGUCUCGACAUGAAGCUCUUCUAUCUCGAGGCGCCGGAGCACAAGAUCAACUGGGUUGUUCCCAGAGGUGAUCUCGUCUAA